CAUGUGCAUGUCGGGGUCGAAUUAGAGUUCGUUGCUAGCCGAAACGGGAAGGGAUCGGUACCCCAGACGCGGAUUUGCUCCCCAAUGAACUCACUAUAUUUCAAACCAUACCAUUUAGGACCUCGGCAUCAGGUCCAACCCUGUAUAUUAGUUGGAGGGCAUGAAAGUCCGCCCCAUAGAUCCCGUUACAACGCAACAAUCCAGCCAUGGCGUUACCUAGGGUGUCCUUGAAUUCGUUCCUUGCUACGGCCAAGGCUACUUUGAAUACUGGUGCUCAACAUGCGCAGCCCAUCACGUUUGUUGUUGGAAACGAAUCCGCUGAUCUUGAUUCCAUAUGCAGUGCUAUUGCCUACGCCUACAUUAGAACAUAUACAUCAAUACCGCCGAAUGUACAUGUCCCUAUAGCCAACAUUCCCGCUGCUGAUGUUUCUCUACGGACAGAGCUGGGCCCGAUCCUGUCACAUGCGGGAAUCAAAACUAGCGAGCUAAUCACGCUCACUGAUCUACCUCACCCCUCCAAACGGACAGCGUUGCUUUCCCCGGAGAAGACCAGAUGGCUUCUUGUAGAUCACAACUCACUCCAAGGCGAGCUUGGACAGGUGUACGGUGAUCGGGUUGUUGGCUGCAUCGACCACCAUGACGAGGAAAACAAGGUUCCCAAAGACUGUGGCUCUGAGCCAAGGAUAGUCGAAAAGGCUGGCAGCUGUGCAAGUCUCAUUGUGAACCACUGCAAAGAAGCUUGGGAUAAGCUGUCACAUGGUGACGAAGCCGCUAACUACGACAGUGCGUGGGCAAGAAUAGCUCUAGCCCCCGUGUUAAUCGACACGGCAAAUCUGAAGAAUAAGAACAAGGUUACCAAGCAUGAUAUAACUGCUGCCGAAGCCUUGGAGAAAAUCCUUCGAAGUUCAUCGCCAGACAAAUAUGAUCUAGCCCCCGUGUUAAUCGACACGGCAAAUCUGAAGAAUAAGAACAAGGUUACCAAGCAUGAUAUAACUGCUGCCGAAACCUUGGAGAAAAUCCCUCGAAGUUCAUCGCCAGACAGAUAUGGUAGAGAUUUCUAUUACACCGAGAUCAACGACGCAAAGGAAGCCAUCGAUGACCUAAGUCUGAAUGAUAUCCUCCGGAAGGACUACAAGCAGUGGACCGAAGGCCAAGGCGUCAACCUGGGAAUGUCAAGUGCUAUAAAAGAUGUGCGCUUCCUUCUUGAUAAGGUCAAGAAUGAGGAGUCCUUCUGGAAAGAAGUUCACGCCUUUGCUGAAGCGCGGAAACUAUCUGUUUGCGCUGUGAUGACGUCGUUCACGCAUAACGGCCAGUAUAGCCGCGAGAUACUGCUGUUGGGCCUAGAUGAAGCUGGUGUGAAGGCGGCGAAGACCUUUGAAAAGAUGGCGAGCGAGGAACUUGGAUUACAGGGCUGGGAAUCUGGCAGGUUGGAUAGUAUAGAUAGCAAGACCCAGUGGAGGCGUUGCUGGGUUCAAAAUAAUUUGGGGAUGAGCCGGAAGCAGGUUGGACCGCUUCUGAGGAAGUCGAUACUUUAAAGCAUCAUUGGCAUAUAAGAUACAAAGCAUCUGGUAGCAAAAUAAAAUGUUAAGCAUCAGGAGAACCCACAAUAUGUAUAUAAAUAUGUAUAUUUGGUUCAUUAAAGUCAUACACAGCCCUGUAGCCCCACAGCAAUAUAUCCCCACACUUGUUCCAGACA